AUGUCUAGCUCGUCUUACGCUUGUUUUUUGCUCUUACUCUUGAAGAGAACGUCUCUCACAUACGCCUCCGAUCACAACGAUGUCGCCAUCAGAGCCAUUCAUAUGGUGUAUCAAAAACGCGCCGAAGGAGCGGCAGGUAAUUGCACUCCGGGAGCCCUGGACACGGUCGAGCUACUGUACGAUGAGAAACGUUGGAUAAAUAAGGCCAGAACGGCGGUGUUUCUCGCCAAUCUCGUCACGUCCGUUCUUUCUGUGAUGGACGCCGAGAAUUCAAGUGAGAAUCAACGAGCGAGAUUUGAUCCUGUCUACGGACCGAUGGACGACCGAUGGCUCUACGACAUCGUCAGAAACACGGUUGAAACUGACAGAGACGUGAUCGGUUCGGGCAUUUGUUUUGCUCGAUAUAAAUACAAAAAUUAUCAAAACUUCUGCCCGUACGCAUCCGAGUCUCAAGACACCAGUCUAGGUGACCCCGAACACGUGACGGUGAAGGACCUAUCCAUACCCAACUACUUCUAUACCGACGAGAAAACUGAAGCAGAAUGGUGGCAUGGACCAAGGAAGAAACUGAAAGGCAGACUGGAAUGGGGCCUGUCUCAUUUCGAAUUUUUAGGCCAACACAAAGUUCUCAGUACCGUCAUGCAGGAUUUUCCUGUCGUUACAGUCGAUGACGGAUACUGGACUAAACCGUAUUACGAUUGUGGAGGCGCGUAUCGUUGGAUGAUUACCUACUUGGCUCCGUUUCUUUCUCGAGUUUCUCACGGUUUGGACAUAUACCACUACAUUGGAGUCACAUCGAUUGAUAUCGACUUGAGCCACAUAGAUAUCAACCAGUGCGACACAGAGCCUCACGCCAAUUCGACGAAGGAAGGCCACAAGGAUGUCCUCACGGAUCAGUUUCGAGGAAGCCACAGAUGUAAUAGUGACACCACAUUCUGUCGCUUCAUUCCCGGCUACGGUUUUAGGCGUGGAUCGUACACCUGCAUGUGCAAGCCCGGAUGGUACUUCAACCCUUCUCUCAAACUGAAUGAUAUUUCUAUAGAAUAUGAGGGCUCUUGGGGUUUCAAUGGAACAUUUCUAGAAAAAGAGUAUGACAAAACACCUGGGAGCGGCACGCGUUUUCACCAGACUAGCAAUGUGUUCAAUUGUCUAGAGUGCGCUCCCGGAUGUGAGGAAUGUGUUGAUGACCGUCCGUGUGUAUUUUCUCCACAAUAUGGGUUAAGAGGUGGCGUUCUUACCAUUCCCACCAUCAUUAUUAUUACUAUUUGUAUAAUGGGAGCAUUCGUGAUUCGAUACCGAGAUAAACACAUUGUGAAAUCGGCUGGUACUUUGUGUCUUAUGGUCACACUUUUUGGACUUUUCAUCAGUUGUGGGUCUCUGUACGUGGCAAUUGGUAAACCAAGUGAUAUAUCGUGUUUAUUUCAACGAUGGCUGUUUCACAUUGGCAUGAUUUUAUUUACGGGACCUUUGCUCUUGAUUGCUUACCAAAUGGCUACUCCUAGACAGAAUAGAACAGCAAAAGUGCCACUUGUAAAUAUCACCGAGAAACAGUUACUGAUGAGGCUUGCUGUUGUGGUGAUGUUGGUAAUUGUUUAUUUGGCUAUUUGGACGGGGAAUGAUCCUGUAGUGUUAGAAGAGACAAGGUAUGGAUCUCUCAAGGUGUUUGUCUGUUGUAACAACGGUUUUCUUGCUGUUCCUAUGUAUGCCUUGCAGAGCUUUGUUUUGGUAUUGGGAUGUUACUUUGGUUUCAAGAUUCGAAUGAUUCCGGCUCCGUUUCAUGAAAACAAGCGCCUGUUUGUGACUAUUUGCAAUAUCAUGAUCAUGUUAUUUCUGUUUGUCUUGCUUGAUCAUGUUCUAUCACUGUUGGGUACAAAUCCCGAUCAUAUUUUUCUUGUCGACUGUGUCAUUCUCAGUGCAAAUCACAGUGUUGUAUUGGGAUUAGUGUAUGGCACUAAAGUUUAUGCUGUUGUGCGAGGCAAAGCUGAUGAAGCAUACAGCAGAAGUCGUGGUAGCAUCGUCAGCAGUACAUUUAAAUCUCCAUCUGCUGUUACAGGAUAUUUUGAGAAGCCGACAGACAAUGCAAAUGCUAUGGAUGGUGCAGAAAUGAGAUCUCCACAAGAAGAAAACUGUCAAGUGGAUUUACCAGCUCGAAUUAAAAAGGACGAAACCGAAGACGCUACUUUGCCUGCUGACAAUGUGACAGCGGAGCUCUUGGAACAAGAAUCUGAAGGAAAGAGUUGCUACAGUGAGCCACCUAGUGCGUCACAAACUGGGGAUUCAUACGAUCAUAAUAAUGAGAUUUCUAGCUUUCGAAAUACUGAAGUCAGUGCACAUGGAGGAGCCGGCAGAGUCAGGGUGACACUAGUAGAAAAUGAUGCUGCACACGAUAUCACUUGGAGCUCAAUGAGUCAGCUAGAACAAAGAAAGUGUUCAGCAUUGAGAAGGCGAAGCAGCAUAAAAGUGCACUCAAUGUUGAGAUCAUUCAGUCAAGGAGACUUAUCUGGAGACAUCAGUCGACGAGCGUCGUCUUUCUUUGAAAGUGGAGUGUCGGUGACAUCUGACAGUUGCCCAAGCCUUCGCCGUCCAAGCUUAGUAACUUCGUAUAAUGAAAUGGUUGAUUGUUCAGUGAUCAAGCCUACAGUGUGUCAAUAUCUUUUGCUGGGAAAUUUAGAAAAAAGGGAGGUUCAGGGCAAUUUGGAUGAGGCUGCUCUUGUUGAAGAUAACGAUGAGAAUGAGAUAAACACCGAGACGGGAUACAAAGAGGAAAGGCAGCAUACUAGUAAUGUUGUAUGAUCAGACAUAAUCACUCAGAUGUUGCUAAAUCUAUUACAUCUAUGGAAUUUUCUUUGUCAUCACAAAUUGUUAAAUUGAUUUACUUACCUUCACACUGACAGUACAGAAUUCAUGAUUCAGUUUUACUUUAAUUAUAGUGUAGAAUCACAGAUUUAAAAAUAAUGA